CUGGUGGCCCUGGCCCGGCAGGUGCAGCAGGCAGAUGACUUCAUCCGAGCGAACGCCUGCAAUAAAUUGACCGUCAUCGCCGAGCAGAUCCGGUACUUGCAGGAGCAGGCUCGGAAGGUCUUGGAUGAAGCUAACAGAGAUGCUGAUCUGCACCACGUGGCCUGCAACCUCGUGAAGAAGCCAGGAAACGUUUACUACAUGUACAGGCGGGAGAGUGGCCAGCGAUACUUCUCCAUCCUGUCUCCUAAGGAAUGGGGUACCAGUCCCCAUGAAUUUCUCGGUGCCUAUAAGCUCCAGCACGACAUGUCCUGGACUCCGUUUGAGGACAUUGAGAGACGAGAUGCUGAAAUAAACAUCCUGGACAAGCUGCUGAGCCGUCAGGCAGCUCUGCCUCCAUGUACAGAGCCCAACUUCCAGGGCCUGACCAAGUGACACGAGUGACCAUACAGGACGCCCUGCGCAGGGUCCCUGUGUGAGGACACGCAGAGCCUGCAUGCUGCCAAAGGCAGGGCAAGGAAGGAGACCAAGGAGCAAAAAUGCUCAUGCCACAAGUACUUCUCUGUGCUUUAACGAGUCUUACUCUGCAUUCAGUCUUACUGGAUUUUCUAGUAAUUGAGUAAUUUAUUUCUUUGACUUAGGUCAAGCUGUAGCAAGAGGCAGAUAAUAUCAGGUGGAGUCAAUUCCAAUAGGGUUUGGGGCGAAAACCAAAAAUGCUUGAGGCAGACGUGAUAAUGCCAUAAAAUACAUCCUACCUGUCCGGCUCCAGUGUACCUCCCUGUGACUACCUGUGGCAGGUAAUGAUUUCAGGGCUGGAUUUUGCCUCUCAUUAAAAUGCACAUAUCUAGGAA